GUCCUGCCUCUGACAUCCAACCUACCUCGGAGGAUCAGCAGAUCAUGCCCAUUACAGGUGCUAAGUUCCAAGGCUUUGGUAGCUUUUGCCUCCGACUUGUACAAACAUGAGGCGAGAACUGCCGCUUAUUAUGGGAUGGCACGACGGUGAAAAAGACUCAGUUUCCGAUCUACCUUUCCUCAAAACCUUUGAUAUCGGCGGAGCACGCUAGCAAUACUCUCGUCCCACACACGCUCUGACUGCACCAAGAUGUGUUGCAGAUCUGCUGCGCAUCACUAAUGGAGAAAGUUUAGGCACGCCCUGUAAGGCAAUCAGGUCGCGAGCUCGUCGACGUCCCAAAAAGAUGUUGGGAUCUGCGGUUAAUAAAUGCAUCUGCCUCUGCCCCGCCUCCAUGGCUCAUGGCUAUCUAUCAUAGGGAUGCCUACGAGCACUACGUAUGCUCUGUGGAUACAACCCUUCUUUAGAAGGGUCUCCAAAAUGACGCUGCAUGGUGACAAGGGUGGUGAAUUCCGCACCUGGGUCGAUCCAUCCGAAAUCUCGAUGCCUUGCCUACCGCCCUACCUUACCUUACCUUACCUAAGUACUAAAUUAAGUUGGGUGUGCCCGAAGCUGCACAUAAGACCUACCUUACCUUGCAGAGUACACGUACGUAUGCACACUAGGUGUUCGAAGAUGGGCAGAUACUCUGCCCCGUUGGAACACCUAGCUACAUUAUGUCACAACAUACUAUGGAAACUUGGUAAGCAGCGGAAGAAAAUGUCUUGGGUGAUUAUGUUAGUUACAUCGACUUGUGUCCCCGCGGUUUACGUGUUGGUCUUUGGGCGGUGGCGAACAACUCACGAGCGACCCCUGUUCAAACCAAAAGGCCAAAGAAGACUCCUUAAAGUGCGGAUGACCCUCGACAUGCGGCCCGACAGUGGGGAGCUCUCAAGGCACCUCCUAUCAAAUACGUAUGCAAAUCCUGCUGGACGCGUAACUGCAAAACAAGGCCGCAACCUUCGGCCUGCUGAUCCGAACCCUUUCUUGCCGUGUUUCGCAGGGCCAAGGGCGGGCUUGGAGACCAAGGGCCUGGUUCGCGGCAAGAGCCAAGCGUGUGCGCAUAUCGACGACCCGGGUACUGCUCGCCGGUGAUAUGAUGGUAAAUAUAUCGCGGUAAUAAGAAAGAGUCCGGACGCGGAUUUCAAUUAAACCCCGGACGUACUUGGAUGGGCUGCUUGGUUCGAGCUGGAGCCGUGUUUUGAAGAUGGCCAAAAUAUCCAAGACCGACGAUAUGUGGCAGCCACCCUGGUUUGGAACCAACACGUGGAGUGGGUAGGUAGGUAAUCGGGACCGGGGAAUCAAGCCACCU